CCUAUUUUCAAGAACAUUUCCUUAAGCCCUGACUUUGCAUCACAUGCAACCGAAAAUUCUAUGCAAAGCACCUCGCACUUAUUACAGCUAACCGUGGAGUCGUACGCUCUGAAUGCUAAUUUCCUGGGCUCCCUCCGUCACGUUCGCUUUGUCGAUUCGCUAUAAAAAUAAAUCGAGUACGACGGCCGGGCAUCAAACAAAUUUUCCCUCCUCACGAAGCCACAAACUCAUACCGAACCAAACCAAGAUGUUCAAAUACGUUAUUGUCAUUUGCGCUCUCAUCGCCUGCGUUGCCGGCAAGCCAGGUCAUCUUUUGUCCGCCCAACUGUUAGCUGCACCUGCUCCAGUGGUGACCGCAACCAGCAGCCAGUUGAUAGCCAGAAACUUCAAUGGCAUUGCUGCGGCGCCCGUAAUUGCCUCUGUGCCGGUUGCAGCUCCCGUUCCGGUUGUCAAGGCCGUGGCACCAGUUGCCACUCGCAUCAUAUCGCCCUUUGCGGCUCCUCUGAUUGCCAAAUAUGCUGAUGCUGCUCCAUUGCACUACACAACGCCCUUGGGCUACGCCACUGCACCUCAACCAAUCUAUUUUUAAGGCUGUU